UUUCUUCUCCCUUCACUCUCUAAACCACCAUGUCAGUCUACUCUCUCUCCGCUGCCGCCGCCGUCCCCGCCGGCACGGCCAUUUCCUCCGCCGGAGCUCCUUCCCCGUACUCCUCCUCCUUCCUCCACCUCCUUCCAAUCAAGCGGUUCUCUUCUCUCUCGCUCAAUGCUCUCCCUCCAUCCUCAUCCAAACCCUCGCAAAUAUCCGCCUCGAUGGAGGCAGGAAUCGGCGUCAUGGGAACAAAAUUGGGGAUGAUGUCCUACUUCGAUCCCUCCGGCAAGGUCAUCCCCGUCACCGUCGUCGGAUUCCGCGAGGGAAACAUCGUGACUCAGGUGAAGACGGAGGCGACGGACGGAUACAGCGCGGUUCAGGUCGGGUACCGGAGAGUGCGCGACCGGAAAUUGACGAAGCCGGAGCUAGGUCACCUCGAGAAGUCGGGAAUCAUCCCGCUGCGGCACCUGCAGGAGUUCCGGCUGCAGUCGGUCGAAGGAUUCGAGCCGAACCAACGCCUAGCGGCGGCGGAAUUGUUCAAGGAAGGCGAUCUGGUAGAUGUUUCUGGAACCUCCAUUGGCAAGGGUUUUCAAGGUGGUAUCAAGAGGCAUAACUUCAAGAGAGGUCUUAUGACUCACGGUUCAAAGAGCCACCGGCAGCUCGGAUCCAUUGGUGCCGGGACUACUCCCGGACGAGUGUACAAGGGCAAGAAAAUGCCCGGGAGAAUGGGGGGCGGCAAGACUAAGAUUAGGAAGCUGACGGUUGUCAAGAUCGACAAUGAUCUCAAUGUUGUGAUGAUCAAAGGUGCCGUGCCAGGUAAGCCCGGAAAUCUUCUUCGCAUUGCACCGGCUAAGAUUGUGGGUAAAAAUAUACCAUAGAUGUAGUCUUCUUAUCUAUAAAUUAUCUUGUGAUGUUAUGUGCAAUUUAUGCCGUCAAUGUGUAGUGUUCUGUUUUCGGAUUCUUGAUUGAGCUUAGUUUGUUGUGGCCAUGUUGUAUGGCGAUAGGCACAAAUUGUGUCGAGGCAACCUUACUACAUGUAUUAUUGAUGCAUUCCAGAUUAACUUCAAUAGGAGGAUAAAUUGUUCUGUUCCGAA